UGUAUUUGUCGCUCGGCUCUUUCUUUCAGUGAACGCGUGUGGGCCUGGGCUGGAGAGCAGAGCGCGGAUGGAACGGAAGCGCUCCACACUGGACCUGAAGUUCUGCAUGAGCGCGCUUCAUUUCUCCACACCAUGGGAGACGGUUUACCGUCCGUAAACUACAGCAAUGAUUCUAAACGCGGCACGGUGGAUCUUAACUUAUCCGAACAGUGGCUCGUGUGCAUGGGAAUCAUCAUGGGUCUGAUAGUGUUCAUCAUUGUAGUGGGAAAUAUACUAGUUAUAGUCGCCAUAGCGCGGAAUCAGAGGCUCCAGACGCUCACCAAUGUAUUCAUCGUGUCUCUGGCGUGCGCAGAUCUCAUCAUGGGGUUACUGGUAGUGCCAUUUGGUGCAGCCUUGGAGGUCAGAGGAGCCUGGAUGUAUGGAUCGUUCUUCUGUGAAUUUUGGAUAUCUGUUGAUGUACUUUGCGUCACGGCGAGCAUCGAGACCCUGUGCGUAAUUGCUAUAGACAGGUACAUCGCCAUCAUCUCUCCGUUUCGCUAUCAGAGUCUUUUAACGAAAGCACGAGCCAAGGUGGUGGUUUGUGGAGUCUGGGCUAUAUCAGCUCUGGUGUCAUUUCCACCCAUCCUAAUGCACUGGUCCCGGGACAGAGAGGAGACAGCGUGCUAUGACAAUCCCGAGUGCUGUGACUUCAUCACCAACCGCGCAUAUGCCAUCUCCUCCUCUAUUAUAUCGUUUUACAUCCCUUUAAUAGUUAUGAUAUUCGUCUAUGCCAGAGUGUAUAGAGAAGCCAAACAACAGCUGAACAAAAUCAACAAAUGUGAGGGAAGGUUCUACAACAAUCAUGGUACUAAUUGCAAACCUAACCGAAAACGAGCUACCAAGAUCCUAGCUUUAAAAGAGCAGAAGGCACUGAAAACGUUGGGAAUAAUCAUGGGAACGUUCACUCUCUGCUGGCUGCCGUUCUUCAUCGUUAACGUGAUGCGGGUGUUUUGCGCACAAGUGGUGGAUAAGGAGCUCUUCGUGUUUUUGAACUGGCUGGGGUACGUGAACUCCGCCUUCAACCCCAUCAUAUACUGCCGGAGUCCGGACUUCAGGAAAGCUUUCAAGAGGUUGUUGUGUUGUCCGAAGCAGGCGGACCGCAGGCUGCACGUGAGCUCGUGCGAUCUGUCGCGCUGCACCGGAGGCUUUGGGAACUCGGUGGAGCAGAGCACGCUCGCGACGUGGUCGGACUGUAACGGCGCGGACAGCAGCGACUGCAGUCUGGAGAGAAACAGCAGGAUGUCCCAUUCAGAGUCUCAACUGUAGAAGUACAACCGUGACAAUUUAAUCGAUAUUACACGAGCAAGAGUGCUGUUCGUGUUUCAUAUCAGGUAAUGACGACUUUGCUGAAAGUGUGAUAUAGCUUGUUCAAUAAACAAUCAAUGUGACGUUUAAUGCGUUUCUUAGAAAAUUGCCCAGUCGCACAUUUCUUCUUCGUAAACGAAAAUAGUUCCCGAAAAAAAUCAAAGCGUUAUUUUUGACUAUUGCCAAGCAACGAACAAACUAAACAUAGGCCUAUGGGUGAGACGGGGCGACCACCAUCUAUCUCCCCUCCCCCACACUAAGUAUUCUGUAUACACUUCGCUGAACUCCGGGUUUUACUCGAGCGAUCGUGGAUUGAAAAAAAAAAACGCGCACUCGCUCCGCUUCCACUUUGAACUGCUCCUAUGUGAACACGAAUAAGCGAAGUAAUACAAACAGUGAAAAGUCCAAGUACCACUUUUGAAAAGCAAUUCCGCCAAUCAAAAUCGAGGACCAGCACGAACUGUUGUAUAAAAUAGAUAACAGGCCAACUGAAAUUUUGCCGUGUCCAAACAACCAAUUCGAACCCAUUUAAUCCCAUUUUCCCCCAGCUAAGUAAGUAUUUACACUCUGAGAAGGCAUUUAAGCAAAUUGCUAAAUUUAAGCAAAUUGAAAAUUAGCAAACUGAAAUAUUUUUAUUUAUUUAUUUAUUUAUUUAUUUUUUACCUGGGAUUGCUGUUAAUAAAACUAGAUAAAUUAUAAACUUAUAGGCCUAUAUAUUUUUGUACUACUCAACAAUUGUACUGAACAGGUAGGCCUAUUUCAAAGAUAGGCUACAUGCAUAUAUAUUCUUUGUUUCAUUAAAUGUAACAAUACUCCUUAAAUAUGUUGAAAUGUAUACACAUUUCUCAAGUGAACCAAUCAGGUAUUCAAAAUGGGUUUCUUACUAUUUACAAAUGUUUUCAUUGACAUGAAUUAAAAGGUAGUCUAUAUUGUGAUGUGAUUCAUACAAGACAGAGUAUAGCCUACAUAAAUAUACAUUAAUAAUAGACACAUAAAAUAUUAGCUGUUUAUCAUAUACACAGAGGAGCAAACUAGAAUAAAAAAGCUCUAAACUAACUAUUUAAACCAGCUGUUUAAAUAUGAUCACAUUAGCCUAGACAGUCUGCACCUUCAUAUAGCCUAUUGCUGAGAGUUCAUGUAAAAUUCACAUAAAAAAUACAACUUUUCUAGAUCCCUCAAGCUCAAAAGCAAAUGCAGUCACAAAUGUGAAUGUGGGAUUAAAUGGGCUCAAGACACUGAUCUAUAAUAUACAUUUUGCAAGGGUUGAAUUGUAAAAACUGACAUCAUUUGGAAUACAAACCAUUCCGCAUUUAGCAGUAAUAAAUGGCAGUGUGGCCGGACUGAAGCAGUGGUGUGUUGAAACAGUGUUUUUCAUUCUUCAUAGCAAUGUUUUCAGGCUUUGAGCCUUAACAUUGUUUAUUGGAAUGUUUAAUUCUCGAAUGUGUGAUAUUAAAUCUUGUUUUACCUCAUACCUGUAUAAUGUGCAAAUUGUACAAGGAGGAACUUGUUUAUAUUAAACAAAUGUUAAAAAUGUACAGUAUUUAUUUGAUGCAUUGUACAAGAUAUACAAAAAAGUGUGGCAAUGUGAUGUUAAAUAUUACUUGUGAUUUGCACCUCAUUUGUGUCAAAUGUGAGCUGCCCAUGGGGCAAUGAACUUCUUGCAUUUUCCGUUCAUUUUGAAUUUCUACCAGUUAUAAAUGUUAGAUUGAUUUAUCUGUAAAUGAGAUGCACAGACAUAUUUUUGGGCAGGAAAAAAUGUAUUGUCCCAACUUCACAUUUUUACAGAAAUGAUUUAUGUAUCAGUGCCUCAUGUGAAGUAUUGUACAAGAUUCAUCAUGUUGACGUCAAGUUGGCUAGCGUGCAAUAAAAUGUGUUAUUGUGAAAAGGCA